CGAAAUGGAGGUGCCAGUACAUCCGCUGAGCCAGGAUCCCACGGCCGCCUGGCGGGAGAUCAGCAAGACGCAGCGGGUGAUCAAGGUGACGAUGAAGCCACCCACGACCACGGUGGCGCCCAACAAGGCGCGAGUGGUCUGCAUGUCGGACACCCACUCCCUGACGCCCUACAUCAAGUUCGACAUACCCGACGGGGAUAUAUUCAUCCAUGCGGGCGAUUUCACCAAGUGCGGCCAGCUGGAGGAGGUGGAGGAGUUCAACACCUGGAUUGGGGCACUGCCGCAUCGCCACAAGAUCGUGAUUGCGGGCAAUCAUGAGCUGAGCUUCGAUCGCACCUUCACGCAUCCCUUUCAAAAGAAUCAUGCGUCGAGCAGCAAGCACACCGGGAUGUCCAUUCUGGAUGAUCUGCCCACCUUGGGCAAUGCCAAGGAGAAUCUGGAGAGCGCCGUACAGACGCAGAAUGUCCGCGGUGUCCUGACCAAUUGUCGCUAUCUGGAGGAUGAGCUGCUGGAGAUCUGGGGCAUUCGUAUCUACGGAUCACCCUGGCAGCCGGAAUUCUGCCGUUGGGCUUUCAAUGUGCCACGGGGGCCAGCCUGCUUGGAGAAAUGGAAUCAGGUACCGGAUGGCAUCGAUAUCCUGGUCACCCACACGCCGCCCGUGGGUCACGGGGAUCUCUGCUGUUCCGGCGUGCGAGCCGGAUGCGUGGAGCUACUCAGCACAGUUCAGCAGAGGGUGCGCCCCAAGUACCAUGUAUUCGGCCAUGUCCACGAGGGCUAUGGCAUCACCAGCGACGGCAGGAUCAUCUUCGUGAACGCCUCAACCUGUGACAUCAAUUACCUACCCAACAAUGCCCCCAUCGUUUUCGAUGUCACCCUGCCACCGGGCUUUCGCAAGGAUUAGAAUUUAGAUCGCAUUUGUUGCCGGUUCAAUGAAUUUACUUUUGUCCCACUUUAAGUUUAUAUUAGGUUUACAAGUUUAAGAGAUAAGGUAUAGGGCAAAAUCAUUUUUUGCUGUCUUCGGAAGAAGAUAAAAAUCUAAUUAGUAUAAAGAUUGUUUCUUCAAUUCUACAGACCCGAAAUCAUAAUAUAAAAAACCACAAAAUAUUUAUUCAAGUUAAGUGCAAAGAAUACACAAAUUUGUAGUUGUCAAAAAUUAAAUUUUAUAUUAAACAGCAACAUAAAAUUAAAAUGUGUUUUU